AUGGAAAAACUUGAAUAUCGAGCAUAUAUUAAUAGCAGUGCUUUACUUGGAGUUUCAGCACAAGCCAUAACCGAUGAAAUGGUUUUAGUUCAUGGUGAUCAAGCUCCAAAAUAUUGUACAGUUGCAAAGUGGGCUACUUUAUUCAAAGAUGGUAGAGAGAGUCUUGAAGAUGAUCAUUGCUCAGGGCACUCUCAAACCACGUAUACAGCUGAGAAUAUUGAACGUGUGCAAGUCAUUAUUGAAGAAAAUCCACAUGCAACACAUGAUAUAAUUGAAGCUUUGACAUCGAUUAAUCGUUUUACAAUCAACAAAAUCAUUUACAAUGCACUUAAAAAAAGAAAACUAACAUCACUUUGGAUGCCUUACGAGUUAACCAAUCAAAAUCGAAAGAAUAGAGAUGAGGCAUGGUAUGAGUCGUGGUUUUAUUUAAGACAAGCUGGACACAAGUCAGAUAACGCUAGUUGGGUCGGUGAAGGUGAAAGUCCAAGAACUAUACAAAGACCUAAAACAGGCACUCACAAUUUCAAAUUUAUUCAUGAUAAUGCUCGAACCCAUGUAACUCAAACCGUCACAAAUUGUCUAAAUCAAGCUGGAGUUACAAUAAUUCGCUACCCACCAUACUCACCAGACUUAGCUCCAUCUGAAUAUUGGCUAUUCGACUUGAUAAAAAAAAAACUUGAUGACGAUACUGACGUCGAAAGAAAAAAAACCUGCAUAACGAAGCUACUUGAAAGUAUACCCAAAAAAGAGUAUAAAAAAACAUUUCCGAAAUGGCUUGAAAGAAUUCAACUUUGUAUAGAUAAUUUUGAACAUUGA